CCACGCGUUUCCUUUCCCCUUGUAAAAUUUGCUUUUUAAAAAGAUUUUGCCUUAUUAGGUGAAUCUCUUUGGAUGUUUUCGUCCUAUCAAUAGCAUCACAAUUCCAAUUCAUAGUUUCUCUUUUUUUUCAUCAUUAGGGUUCGAUUUUUCUCUACUUAUUCUGCUUCCUAUACAAUCAUCAACAUCAAAAAAAGACUUGAGGAAUCGCUUAUAUAUAGAUCACUCUUCUUCUUAUUUUGUUUCAUUGGGUUGUUUUUGUGUGCAAAGGGAGAAGAAGGAGAUCGAAGAAAUGAAAAAACAUGUUGUGUUGGUGAAGCCUUUCUCGUUAGAAGAUGAGAAAGACUCUGAAAACACACCUCCCAAUCUCAUCCAACGGAUCUUAAGCCUCUUCAAAAGCGUACGGCCAGGAUCUGAUCUCACUAAUUUUCAGCUUCCACCUCAAAUGAACCUAGCUAGAUCGCAGCUUCAAUGCUACGGCGAGAUAGUGUACAGCUUCGACGGUCACGAUCUACUCGGAGAAUGUAGUCGUCGUGACAAACCAAUCGAACGGCUUAAAUCAGUGGUGACGUGGUACAUCUCAACUCUCCGGCCAUUGACCUUUGGCUUGGCUCCAUACAAUCCUGUCAUCGGCGAAACUCACCACGUGUCCAAUGGUCACAUUAACGUUCUCGUAGAACAAAUAUCGCAUCAUCCACCAGUUGCUGCUCUUCAUGCAAGUCACGAGAAAGAAAACGUAGACGUUUUGUUAUGUCAAUACUUCACGCCUAAAUUUCGUGGUGCUUACGUGGAGGUUGAGGUGAAGGGUAGAAGAGUAGUGAAACUUCUAAAUCACAAAGAGACUUACGAAAUGAACCAACCAAAACUUCUCAUGACAUUUUUGCCGGCGAUGGGAGCUCACUGGGCCGGAAAAAUCGUGAUAAAGUGCCCGGAGACGGGACUCGGAGCUGAAUUGCAGUUACUACCCGAUUCCUUUCUCAGUAGAUUCACAGGAAACAAUAAAAGAGCCAUUAAAGGCAAGAUCUUUGAAUCUUCCUCUAGGAAACAGCUCUAUGAAAUCUUUGGACAUUGGGACAGAACUGUUACCGCGAAAAAUACAAAGACUGGACAGCUUGAGGUUAUAUACAAAGCGAGUGAAAACAUAGCAAAGCUCAAAACUCCCAUUGUCAAGAACCUGCAGGAGGUGAGUGAGAGCGAGUCGGCGGUGGUGUGGGGCGAGGUGAGUGAAGGAAUCAUGACGAACGACUGGGAGAAAGCAAGAGAAGCCAAGAGAGAUGUGGAGGAGAAGCAGAGGGAGUCUUUGAGGAAAAGAGAAGCUUCUGGACAAUCAUGGAUUCCCAAACAUUUCUCUGUGGCUCGAGCUGGUAAGGACUGGGACUGUGUUCCUCUACAGCCUACGGUUCCUCGAGCUCCUAUCGUUAUUCCUUUCUGAUUCAGCUGAUUCUCUCUGUAGUAGAGGUUCCUACAAGAAGUAAGAACUCAUGAGAAGUAUAAAGGUUUUAGUACAAACACUAAGUUGUCAGAAAUUCUCAAACUGCAAAAACAUAAGCUAUGAGAAUUUUUAACUUACCAGUUUA